AUGCACAUCACAACCUGUAUGGUUUCCGUAAUAUUAGUGGGCGCUACGGUUGUAGCAGCCAGACGGGGUGCGAAGCUGAAUAAACUGCAUCGCGACAACAUCCAGAAAGUCAAAGAGCAUUUCCUGAAGCAGCAACGCGGCGCCAAAUGGGAGCCGGCGGAGAACGAGUUCACCGGCAUGGAACAUCACGAACUAAAAUCCCUGUGUGGCACCAUAAUUCCCACAAAAGAAUCUACCAAGAAUGAUCCCCACGUCGAACCGGCUCGUUUCAGUCUCCGCGUGGCGCUGCCGGCUAGUUUUGAUGUGCGCAGCCAGUGGCCGAACUGCAUCAGCAUGAACGAGAUCCGCGAUCAAGGCGCUUGCGGUUCUUGUUGGGCGCAAGCUGGCACUUCAGCGCUUUCGGACCGGUACUGCAUUGCCAGCGGUAGUGCCAACGCUUACCGGAAACUAUCGGCGCAAGAUGUGGUUGUUUGCAGUGGAGGAAACAAUAAGAAUUGGUGCGACGGAAAUGAUCCUCGGGUACCCUACGCGAUGGCCGUCAGCAGCGGAAUUGUAACCGGUGGCGACUACCAGAGCACGACAAACCAGGGAUGCAUGCCGUAUGCUUCAUACACUGAGACUGAAGCGAAAGCUACGUCAACCAACCAGUGCACUCAAACCUGCUCUACUAGCGCGAUAAAUUACAGCCAAAACAAAACAUACGGUUCCAGCUGGUAUACACUGGGGAACAGGUUCGCCAACAAUUCCGGUGGAGCAGCCGCAUCCAUCGCCACCACCGACACGGUGAUUCGCCAGAUUCAGUAUGAACUGAUGACCAACGGCCCAAUGACCGUCACCAUCGAAGUAUACGCUGACUUUUUUUCAUACAGUUCCGGAGUUUACCAACAUAUAACCGGCAACUACUCCGGCGGUCACGCAAUGAAGCUGAUCGGUUGGGGCACGGAAAACGGCACUGACUACUGGCUGAUUGCCAAUUCCUGGGGCUAUGGCUGGGGCAGCAACGGGAUCUUAAAGUUCAUCCGCGGCAUAAAUCAUCUGGGCAUUGAGGACUAUAUUGUGGCGGGAUUGGUCAACCCCACCGCGACGACAAUCACUCACAAUAUUCCUUGUGAUGCAGUUGGUUGUCAGGGUCGUCUGCAGUACGCGAUGACACCAGCCAACGUCUGCGCCAACCAGUACUGCGUCUGUAGUUACCAGGACCGUGUGUGGAACGCCACGAUUAAUGGUUGGGACUUGGUGAACAUCAACGCGCCAAAAGUCAUCACCUGCCCCACCGGUCAGUCGUAUGAUGCAUCGGCCAGUAUCAUGGGCUGCGCCAGCUCGAGUACCAUUCCCGUCUGCGGCGGAACCAUGUCUUCCACAGCAGCGACACAAAUGACAACAGCCGUAGUUACACAGGCGCCAACAACAACAACAACGCCCACAACAACGACGUCAAGGACAACAACAACAACGCCCACAACAACAACGUCAAGGACAACAACAAUAACAACAACAACGCCCACAACAACGACGUCAAGGACAACAACAACAACGCCCACAACAACAACAUCAAGGACAUCAACAACAACAACUAGAGCCACAACAACAGGAACAACAACAAGAGCAACAACAACUCCGCCAACACAGGCCACCACGCCUGCCCCCGUGGCCGGUCGUCCAUCCGGUGGUUUUGAUUGGUGUGAUCCGACAUUCUGCGUCAAUAAGCCCAUCGGCAACUACGCCACCGCGCCGUGCAGUGUGAAUUAUUGUAAAUGCACUGGUGGAUCGGGGGCGUGGUACGGGUGCGGUCCAGAGAAAGUCUUCGACGGGAUCAGUCGGACGUGCGUGGCCACCAGCACUACAAACUGCCAGAAAGCGGCAGGAAUGCCUGUCAACACCACGGCAUGGGGAUCUGCGCCAGCGGCCACGUCCGGCAUGUGCAAUCCAGCGAACUGCCAACUACGAGAUUUACCGAAUAACUGGUGGUUCUCCCUGGGACAGUGCAGUCCAUACUGGUGCUACUGCACCACGGGUUCGUCGGGGAUUAAGGCAUGGUUGCAAACCUGCGCAGCAGGGACAGUAUUCGACUUCCGGUCGGAGAUGAGCAGCUGUCAAAAUAUAGCUGCUGUACCAUACUGCAACAGUGGACUUCAUACAGAUGUUACACCCAUACCCCCUAUGGACAUGGGUCCACAUGCUGUAACACCAUUUUGA